AUGGGAUUUGGUGUCACAACGCAGCAAGGAAGUAGUCCGCGGCUUCGUGAAUUAAUAAUUGGUGGAUAUAGGUGCAGCAAUGCAGGAAGAGAUGAAGAAAGAAGUGUGACGAAGAAAGUUAAAACUCGAGGAGGUGUACGAGCAGAGGAAAAAAUGGGGGAGUCGGUAAAAGCCAAUAUGCGUGAAUCGUUCCACGAUAUAAGGUUCACACUGGCAUUCUUCUCUGUGUCAUUCGCCCCGAGAUUGUCAUUCAUUAUUCAUCGAAUGAGCGAGAACGUACUGCCCCCGAAUUUAUUAAAUACAUUUGCUAUUAUUAUGAUCGGGCAAUCAUCUGCAACUUCUUCAACUAACAAUAAUAAUACAGAUAUACAUUUGUCUACUUCUUGUAAUGAUUUUGCACAAACUUUUUAUAAAGAAUUAUUUUCUACCAAUGUGGGAAAUAUUAUUAAUUCACCUUUAAGUAUACACAUGAUAUUGUCUUAUCUUUCACAUGGUGCAGAAUCUACUACUUUAGAUGAAUUGACUAAAACGCUUUGUCACUAUGAUAAGAGUUCAAUAAUAAAAGCUCUGGAGAAUAUUAAAUUGUAUAUUGCAAAUACAAUAUAUAUACAAGAUGGAUUUGAAUUAUUGACAGAAUUUUUAACAAUAGGAAAAGAGGUUUAUCAAUCUGAGAUAUCCAAAAUUGAUUUUAAAAAUAAUGUAGACACAGCUGAAAAAAUUAAUGCUUGGGUUAAAGAGAAUACAAAUAAUAAAAUAUUUGAUCUUGUAUCAUCAAGUGAUUUUAAUGAAGAUACAAAAUUAGUAUUAAUAAAUGCAAUUUAUUUUAAUGCUAAAUGGUUAAAUACAUUUAAUACACUGAAUACAAAAAAUAAAGUGUUUCAUGUUACAAAAGAACAAACAAAACUUGUACCAACAAUGUUUAACAAGUCUCAAUACAAUUAUGGUAAUAUACCAACACUGCAAGCAAAAUUUAUUGAAAUCCCAUACAUGAAUACAGAUAUUGUGAUGAUAAUAAUAUUACCAAAUGAAAUAGAUGGCCUACAAAAUGUGCAAUCUAAUUUUUCAUGGGAAGCACUUGCGAAUGCUUCGCGAUUCUACAAUGAUAUUGAAUUAUAUCUUCCAAAAUUUAAAAUUGAAUUUUCAAUCGAUUUGAAAAGUAGUUUAUAUAAGCUUGGUUUAAAGAGAAUUUUUAUGUCUGAUGCAAAUUUUAAUAGUAUUUCCAAUGAACCAUUGGUAGUAGAUAAAGUUUUACAUAAAGCAGUUAUAGAAGUUAGUGAAGAAGGUACGGAAGCUGCAGCUGCGACAGCUGUUUAUAUGAGACUAAAACGUGCACUAAAUUUGGCAGAAUCAGAGGAAUUUUUAGUCGAUAGACCAUUUAUGUUUAUAAUUCAAUAUAAACCGAAGAAUAUACCACUUUUCAUCGGAAAUGUACGAGAUAUACAGGUUGCGCCACGCAAGGAUGAAUUAUAAAUUUUUUUUUUAGAUUAUAAAGGAGUAAUUUUUAAACUAA